UUUUUCCCUUUUCCAGUCGCUCUCGGCUCUUGCGACUGAGGCCCCCUCACCUCCAUCCAACCACGAUACCCUUCGCCAUCAAUCAUAGCGGUACAACGAUCGCGGGUGAUCUAUCUUCUAAAUAAACCCUUCUGGUUCCUUCAUCGUGGUAGGUUUGGACGGAAUUUGCCCAUACUCUCGUCUCCUUCCUCCUGCCUUUCUCUGCCCCCACUACCUCACCAUCUGGACGGGCCCUCCCACCUCAGAUCGAACAGCCGAUUGAUAUAAGUCUCUCGAUGUAGCAAUAGGGUGGUACCUGUUCUCCCUACAUCAUGCAGACUGCCUAUCACGGACAGUCCUCGCCUCAUGGGGAGCCCUCCGCCUAUACCGAACAUAUGGCCCAGGACCAGACCCACAAAGCCCCCAUCCCCAAGAACGUCGCCUUUGAGCUUUUGCUUGACGAAAAUUCCAAAGUGCGAGCUCGGAUACCCAUGAGGGUACAGAUAUAUCCUCAUGAUACGACGGAUUCAAUCGUGACUACAGUCAAGAAUUUCUAUGGCAUCUAUGACGGUGCCGCCAGUGGUGUCAGUUUUGAGGAUGAAAAUGGCAUCACCCUCAUCGCAAGGUAUGAAAAUCUACGGAAUAACAUGACCGUCUAUGUGCGGGUGAUUCCCGUUCAAGCAUACUCGGAAGGCUACGUGGAUCGCUAUUAUGGCAUCCCAGUAGAGGGUCGCAAACGUCCCAGUCUUGGCGAGCCUUUCCAGAUGGGGCCGGCUAUGCAGCCGGCGCAGGUCUUGGAGCAUAAUCAACCGCCAUCCAGGCCUACCUCCAGGCUUGCUCGCAAGCGCAGCAUGUCACCUUCCGGUAGAAGCCGUCGGAGCGCCUCUCAGAACAAGCAGCUCUCCAGAGCUGGCAACAAGAGCAGGGGUUCCAGCACUCAUGGCAGCUUUCAUGAUGACGGAGCCUCCGGCUACAGUGACAGCGAAGGCGGCUAUGGCUCCGUCUCUGGUACGAAGAAAGCCCGCAGCGAGCAGUUUGGUAGCUCAGAUAUUAGCAUGGAAAAUAUACUCCAUGACGGUCGCCGGAAGCGACCCAAAUUUGAAAGCUCGGAAUUGCCUUUGUUUGUUCCUCCUCAGGUCCCUCUGACAACCUCCACCUCAUCGAUCUCUCCCCAACGUCGAUCAGUCGGCCAAGAAGGGGCAAUCUCGCCAUUCGCUCGGCCCAACCAACGUCCCUACAAUCAACAACAGCCACUGCCAUCUCCACAAAGCUAUGGCCACACUGAGCAGACAUAUACAAUGAGUACCGCUCAAACCCCCAUCUACGCCACUCCGGCGAUGCCUGACCAUGGUCAUCGUCUGCGCGAUCGCGCUACCGCACAGUCGUCUGGACAGUACAGCAACGCCGCCGGCCGGUAUAAUGGUCCAGGUGUCCUUCCAACUCCUGAUCCCACCAUUGCUAGCUGCAUAUCUGAUGAGGAUGUUGCAAUGCAGCUGAUCCGGCUGGGAGACGCUUCGAAUUUUUCUCAUGGUCGAACUUCGGCGUCUACAUUGGACGAUGCCUUCAGCGGUGCUGCUGACGCUGCUUCCUCCACUGGUGCCACAAGCGAUGGUGAAGACUACAGUGAGGAUGACGAUGAUUUGCCGGCGCGAUCUAGACAGAAGCUCGAUUCGAGCCCAAUGCUUCCCCCUGGCACUACUAAACGCACUCACAAGCGCCUUGACGAUAUCCUGCCCAGUUUCGACAGCUCCGACGGCAGCUACGACGGUAUGGACGAGGACUACCAACAUGAAGAGCUUAAUGACAGUCUAGUCAAGAGCGAGCUCGACGAAGAUUCGCUCUACAGAGAGUCUACUCCUAAGCCGAAGAAGGCUAAGACUCGCCCGACCAGUACGGCUUCCACCAAACCGCGUGUGUCCAAGACAGCGCCCCCGCGCCAGGGCAAGAGUGGAAAAACUUCUUCGACCGCGGUGGCUCGUAAGGUCAAGUCGACGACCACUGUGGUGAGUCAGAAGGCUGCGCCACCGUCGCAGAUCGUUAGCCCUACCCCUGCCCGCAAGGCCUCUACAUCCUCCAUCAACGGUCAAACUCAGCUUGCUGCGGACGAAGAGGACCUUUCAACCAAGCCACGCUGUCAGCGAUGCCGCAAGAGCAAGAAGGGCUGUGAUCGCCAGCGUCCAUGUGGUCGGUGCAAGGAUGCCGGUAUUGGUCUCGAAGGCUGCAUUAGUGAAGACGAGGGAAACGGCCGCAAAGGUCGUUAUGGUCGCCAUAUGGGCGUACCAGUUAAGAAAGCCCCUGAUGCGACCCCCGCAAGCAACGAGCCCCAGUUGAUCAGCACUACGGCUAUGCCUUUCUCAUCCGCUAUAGCAGACAAGAACAAAAAGCGCAAGCGUUAGGGCAUGUGUUCUUGCAAUGCAAUCACCGUCUUCAUUCAUGGCAUCUCAUUCUUUUCGGACCAUCUGCAUCUGUCUUAGACGGCAACAAAGCGCUUGGAUGAUGUUGCUCUCGACGUGCUAUCUUCUGUGAUCCCCUUCAACAAGAGGGUCUAACUCUCCCGUCCUUCAUUCACCGACACCUUUCCGCUCCCUUAUAACUUGAAUCCCCCAAUCCUU